GACGUAAAUAGUAACAGAUCUUGAACUAUUUGUUAUAGUAUGAUAUCAAUAUCCGCCCGGAGUAGACGUUGGUGCCAUGCCCGACCACCGUUUUGCAUAGCAGCCUUCCUUGUCGAAAGCCUUUCAACUACAUGUAUAUCUCUUGUUUGCUUAUAAUCCGAGGCCUUCGUUUUCACAAUGGAAGCUUCGUCAACAUCUUUGGUAUGGUAUUUGUUGAGUGAUUUUUCAAUAUGCCAAGUCACGUCUGCUGUCUCAUGAGUGACAACAAAAAAAGGAACUGGCGGCCACGAGGAAGUCAGUCAAAAGGAGUCAUCUCGCCCGGUGGUUAGACGUUGGAAAGGCUUAUAAUUCCAUCAUCAACCCUACUAGCAAGAGCACGUAAAGUGGAGCGUGAACUUUCCUCCAAGCAGUUUGCUGACAAGAUGGCGCGGUGUGUUUCGUUCAUGACCUUGCUUGCGUUGACGAGCCUGUUUUCAGCCUUAGAGGCAUACGAAAACUUCGUGGCUUUCAGUAAGAAUGUCACACUGCGCGAGGAUGUGCCAGUUGGCGCCACAGUUCUGCACCUGACCGAUUUUGUCAAUGUCAGUCAAAAUUUCAAUGAAGAAGAAGAAAACGGAACAUCAUGGACAGUGAAUGUCACCACAGGCGAUGAUUUCGGACAGUUUGGGGUGGAUGUUGUUAACUUGAUGCUGUUCGUUGCUGCAUCCCUAGACUAUGAGUUAAACCCUUGUUACAACCUGUCCUUGGAGUUGACGAAUCCUUUAGGUAGGAGCUUCCACCAUGUAAAUCUUGUUGUCACGGUCGUGGACGUACCCGGGUACCCACCGUACUACAACAAACGGUGCGAAACGCCAGUCUUACCUGACAGUGGGGCGACUGAAGACUACAUGGUAAUGAGUAGUAGUGGUGGAACCUUUGAAGUCGUAUUAUCUAAUGGUUCAAAGUUACAGUACCCCGACUUUUUACCUCCUUGGCGUUACGAAGCCGUCAAUGCUACCAUGUACGGAGACUGCUCCCUUCGAUAUUGUGUUGUUUUGGCCGAACUAGCUUCGGAUGCAGGGAUUUUCCUUCCCGCGCUUGAAGUUCUUCAUCGAGGUAGAAUUGAGUUUCAAUGUCACGGGAGACAAUCAAAAGACAAAGCCAGUUUUACAAUGUUGGACAUUUCUCUCGAUGGUAACUUGCCUCCGUUGGCACAGAGUGGCCAGUGCAAAAUGGUUGAGGGUGCCCGUUAUUUUAUGCUUAUAGAGGUGAACGAGAUUUGGCACACGCCGUCCUAUUGGGUACAAUGUGACGCGGUCAUUAGGUUAGUGCAUCUCACAGUGCCAGUGAAGACCAUACAUCAGUUCAGCAUCACGGGGUGCCCCGAGGGCAGGUACGGACUGUACUGUGACAAGCGCUGCGUUUGCAAGAACCGUGCCCGUUGCCAUGGCUUCAACGGUGCCUGUGAGUGCCGUCCGGGCUGGAGAGGGAGGGCCUGUGACAUUCGCUGGCCCGAGGUCGCCAUCAUCGCGACACCUGGCGAUUUAGUCACCCAGUACAUCGGUACCAAUCUUACCCUGACCUGCCUGGCUCCACACAUCCAAGUAGCAAACAUGACCUGGCUUUAUCAAGCAAGAGACGACAAUCCCAACACAACAACAACUGUUGAAGACGGGACAGUACAGAACAGUUCCAUCACCUUUCAGCUGAUCACAGAAUCAACCAAUGGAGAAUACACGUGUGGGGUAAAGGCUGUAAACGGAGAAAUCUUUAAUUCAACGUUUGUCCUAAACGCCACUGAAUGUCCUCCCAAUCAUUUCGGGGAAGUUUGCAGACAGGUGUGUGACUGUCAGUACGGAGGGACGUGUGACAGGUGGGAGGGGUGCCUGUGCCCUCCCGGUCGCCAUGGAGACAGGUGUGAGAUCGUUCCAAAACCUAACGGUAAUCACGUUGUUGUGAAAUUGUUGGCGACUGUUCUUCCCUCCAUGGCCCUACUCUGCUGUAUCGUGAUUACGAUCAGGAUAAGACGAGAUAGACACCGUUCAAACAACGCAGGAAACACAGAUGAAGACUUGGAGAUGGAACCACUUUCACCAUGGGAAAUAGAGAAAGAGAACAUUCGUUUCGAACAUAUGAUCGGGGAGGGAGAGUUUGGCCAUGUUGUACGGGGAAGACUGCGCGUGCCGGAGGGAUACGAGGUCUUGGUCGCCGCCAAAUGUAUCCGGCCUGACCGCAUGACAGCGCUGGCUGUCCGUGACUUUCGUCGCGAAAUGGACAUUCUCGCGAGAAUCCACGAGGACAAAGAUGGGCACCCGAACGUGGUGAAGUUUUACGGCGUUGUGACCAAGUCGGACCCCCAGUACAUUGUGGUAGAGUACGCGGCUAAUGAAGAACUCCGGCGGUACCUUUGGAGUUUGCGAGAAGAGCGUAAGAUCACGGGCAGUCUGAAACUCUUAGAACGGCUCGGUUUCGCUUCUGACGUGGCCAGCGGGUUAUCGGAGCUGGCACGUUUGAAGAUCGUUCACCGAGACAUCGCAGCUCGUAAUGUCGUCAUUACCGGCAAGAAGGAGGCAAAGAUCGCGGAUUUCGGACUGGCUCGUGACGUCUACGUGUCGUCGGCGUACGCACGCACCCAGCAGGGCGGUGAGGAGGAGGAGCUGUUGCCGCUGAAGUGGAUGGCCGUGGAGUCGUUACGAGACGGGGUGUACACGUGUGAGAGUGACGUGUGGUCGUACGGCGUCCUGCUGUGGGGGAUCGCCAGCUUUGGGGAGGAGCCGCGCUACGCUGGCGGUCCCAUGCACCCGGACGUCUGCACACUCCUGGAGCUGCUAAGAAAAGGGGUCCGCCUGCAACAGCCGCAGAACUGCCCGAUGGCGGUGUACCGCAUCAUCAGGUCCUGUUGGAUAGUCGACCCGCUAAAGCGACCUUCGCCUGAAGAACUGUUGCGAAAGAUAGAGCUGCUGAGGCCACCGAGGCAUGCACACUGGUCACCUCGUUAAUCAUAACAUCGAAGGGCAAUGCAGUAUCUUUCGGUCACCCUAGCACUUAGCUAACCGACGAAAGACAGACUCUCAUUUUGUGAACCAU